AUGGCUACCAGCGAGCUCAGCCAGGAUUUCGAUCUCCAGAAACCCAUUGCCUCAACCUCCGGGCUGCGACAAGGACUGACCUCCUACGGAGACACGCACUUUUCGUUGUUUUUGCGCAAGGUCUUCAUCAAGGCACUUGGCUAUUCGGAAGAUGCUCUCUCUCGUCCAAUUAUUGGCAUUAUAAAUACGGCGUCCGGCUUCAACCCCUGCCAUGGAAACGCCGCUCAAUUGCUGGAUGCUGCCAAACGAGGCGUUCAUCUGAAGGGCGGUAUAGCAAUCGACUUCCCGACCAUUAGCUUGCACGAGGGAUUCUCGCACCCUACGAGCAUGUUUCUGCGAAAUCUCAUGAGUAUGGAUACGGAAGAGAUGAUUCGCGCACAGCCUGUAGAUGCUUGUAUUAUGAUUGGGGGUUGUGACAAGACAGUUCCUGCGCAAAUUAUGGGAGGAAUAUCUGCAAAUAAGCCCGUGCUUCCUCUUCUCACGGGUCCCAUGAUGCCAGGCAAUCACCGAGGAAAACGAAUCGGGGCAUGUACCGACUGCAGGAACAACUGGGCAUCUUAUCGAGCAGGAACCAUUGACAUGGAGGAGAUCGUGGCCAUCAAUGAGGAGCUCGCCCCUACGAUUGGAACCUGCGGAGUGAUGGGAACUGCCAGUACAAUGGCUUGUAUUACGGCUGCCCUUGGACUUAUUCCUGUACAGGGCGCGUCUGCACCCGCUGUGUCUGCGUCUAGAAUUAGGAUUGCUGAGCAGACGGGUGCAAAUGCUGUUGCAGCCGCUCAGAACCAGAGAACACCGCAGGCUAUCUUGUCUGCUGAAUCGUUUUACAAUGCGGCAACUGUUCUCCAAGCCAUAGGCGGCUCUACGAACGCUAUGGUGCAUUUGAUGGCCAUUAUUAACCGUCAUCCAGGCGUCAAAGGCUCGAUCAACCUUAAUACGUUGGACGACAUCGGCCGUCAAACUCCGCUUCUCGUCGACCUGAAACCUAGCGGCGACAACUACAUGAACGAUUUCCACAAUGCAGGCGGCAUGCUGUGUCUUUUACAUCGUCUACGGCCACUUCUUCACCUCUCCGCGAAAACCAUCACCGGAAAGUCUCUCGGCGAGUUCUUGGACCGCCAUGCCUUCCGUGACUUCGAGUACUCAUUGAGCAUUAUCCGACCCUUGUCUGAUCCCUUGCAUUUGUCCUCCUCCCUCAUUGUUGUCGAGGGAAAUAUCGCCCCUAAUGGCGCCGUGAUCAAAGCUUCUGCCUCGAAAGACAAGCGACUCCUUCGCCACACAGGUUUUGCGGUGGUUUUCGAGAACUCACAAGACAUGGCUUUGCGUCUCGAUGAUCCUGAACUCGUUGUCACGGCAGAUUCAGUCCUCGUGCUCAAGGGCAUCGGGCCUAUCGGCAACCCUGGAAUGCCGGAGGCGGGCAUGAUACCUAUCCCACGCAAACUCGCUGCGAGUGGAGUCACGGAUAUGUUACGCAUCUCGGAUGGGCGUAUGUCUGGUACGGCAGGAGGAACGAUUGUUUUGCACAUUUCGCCUGAAUCUGCGGUCCCGGAGUCACCAUUUGGGGUUAUUCGAUCCGGCGACCUGAUUGUGUUCGAUGCCGAGAAAAGGAUUCUACAGGUGAAUACCAGUGAUGAAGAGCUCCAGGCCAGGAUUGAACAACGUCGACGGGAGAUUUUAAGCACAAGUCGUUCAUGGAAAGAACGACAGACUAGAAGAGGAUAUUGGGGCUUGUACGAACGGGCUGUCAACCAAGCCCACGAGGGAGCAGAUUUUGACUUUCUAACAGCGACAGGCCUAGCUUGA